UGUAGGAUUUCCUAUAGCUUCCUCUCCUUCGCUUCCUCCUCUUAAAAUUCGUCUCUGUGAAGCACAGCGAGAGAAAAACGUAUUUCAUCACCGUUUCUGUCGAAGGAACAACCCGUUACAGAGACGGACUGUACCGUCAUGGCGGCGAACAGGCAUAUUUAGGCAAAAGAGAAGUCUCAGGACAGGAUGCUCAUCAGACUGCAGACACCAUGAGGUGACGACUGUGACAUCUUGUAUUAUUGCCAACCAGGACAUAUGGCACGGAUCACGUUUUCCUGCCUGCCGGCCUCCUGGUACUGCAGCGUGUCCCUGUUGUCUCUGGGCUGUGCUCCCAGGCAGAGGGUGCUGCUGCUGCUGCUGCUCUUCAUCACCUCCGCCCUCCUCCUCCUGGGAACCUACCAGAGGCAGCUGUGGGGCCCACAGCGACGGCCCGGCUCCCAAGUCAACAAGUACCUCUCCAUCGCAGAGUCCAUGGAGUCUACUGACGUCCUCAACCCCGCUCUGAAUUAUGGGAUCGUGGUUGACUGUGGCAGCAGUGGCUCUCGGGUCUUUGUGUACUACUGGCCCCCCCACAACGGGAACCCUCACACCCUGCUGGACAUCAAACAGAUGAGGGAUCGCGACCGCAAACCAGUCGUCAAGAAGAUCAAACCUGGUAUCUCCACCCUGGCAAACACACCAGCGCAGGCCAGUGACUACCUCCAUCCGCUCCUCAGCUUCGCUGCUGCUCACGUCCCAAGGAACAAACACAAAGAGACGCCACUCUACAUCCUCUGCACUGCUGGCAUGAGGCUGCUGCCGGAGAGCCAACAGGCGGCCAUCUUGGAGGACCUUGUCACUGAUGUUCCUCUGGAGUUUGACUUCCUGUUCUCCCGUUCCCACGUUGAGGUCAUCUCUGGGAAACAAGAAGGAGUGUAUGCGUGGAUUGGCAUUAAUUUUGUGUUGGGUCGCUUUGAUCAUGCUGAUGAGGAGGACGCCACAGUUGAGGUGACGACAGGGUCUCAGAACCAGCAGCCAAUCAGCAGGCGGCGCACAGUGGGCAUCAUGGAUAUGGGUGGAGCUUCACUGCAGAUCGCCUAUGAGGUGCCCGGCACCAUCACCUUCAGUUCACCACAGGAAGAGGAGGCAGGGAAGAGUGUUCUGGCUGAGUUUAAUCUGGGCUGUGAUGUUGAGCACACACAACAUGUUUACAGAGUCUACGUCACCACGUUCCUCGGCUUCGGAGGAAACAUGGCCAGACAGCGCUACGAGGACCAGCUGGUCAACAACACCCUGGCCAAGAACAGGUUUCUCACCACACAGACAGGCCUGAGUGAGGACAAACCGUACCUGGACCCCUGUCUGCCAGUCAGUCUGUCGGACACAGUUGUGAGGGACAACCACACGCUGUACCUGAGGGGUCAGGGCGACUGGACUCGGUGUCAAGAGGCCGUACGACCCUUCCUGGGCCUCCACAACGGUACCAUGUCACCAGGGGGCGUCUACCAGGCUCCCAUCAACUUCAGCAACAGUGAGUUCUAUGGCUUCUCUGAGUUUUUUUACUGUAUGGAGGACGUGCUGAGGCUGAGAGGACAGUAUGACAGUGAGAAGUACUCCAAAGCUGCUACGGAGUACUGCUCCACCAAGUGGUCGACACUAAAACAGCGUCUGGACAACAAGCUUUUCUCUCAGCAGGCCGACGUCAGCAGACUCAAGUAUCAGUGCUUCAAGUCAGCCUGGAUGUACGAAGUGUUGCACUCAGGCUUCCGCUUCCCCACCGACUAUCCAAGUCUGAAAACUGCCCAGCUGGUUUAUGACAAGGAGGUCCAGUGGACUCUGGGAGCCAUCCUGUUUAAGACCCGUUUCCUGCCUCUCAGGGACCUGCAGCAGGAAACACUGCGGCAGAACCACCCCAGCUGGCUGCGCUCCUCCUUCGUCUACAACCACCACCUGUUCUCGCUCUGCAUCCUGGUGGUGGUGCUGGCCAUCCUGCUCUACAUCCUGCGCCUGCGGAGGAUCCACCAGCGGGAGCAGCGGCAGGCCGAGGCCCUGAACCUCCUCUGGGCCGAGGAGGGAGAGGCCCUCCUCCCCUGAGAGAUGUGUCUGUGAUGGGAGGUUCCAGACUGAUAACCUGCAGGGCCUGGUGUCCUCAAUGACCACAGUACUGAAGAAUGUGAGUGUGGAGAACAGAUGAGAAAACUAAGCUAAGGGUGUGACUCAGCCACCGAGAAAUAUCGGUAGAUUUCAUUGCGUGGAAAAACAUCACCGUACAGAGACAGUUUAAUGAGCCUGGAAAUCAAACUCCUCUGUAUAUUCUUUGAUCGUGCAGCUUUAAACACAGAGCCUAUCUCAGACUGGAAAGAUGUUCUCUGUGAUCACUUUCUUCUUUGGAAGAAAACAAUCAGCUUGGCCUAACAGGACAGACCAACUAUCAUUAGUUUGCUACCCAUUUCUCUCAUCGUCCAAAGCCAUGUUGUUGUGUAGGUGCUCAUCUCAGUUUAAUGGCUGUCUGGACAGUUAGCCUGGAUUCAGCGCGCUGAUAAACGUCGUAACUGCUGAGCGAGAAGCCAGAGGUGGUAAUGAUCCCCACCAGAGGAAAUUUAGCAAAGGAAGAUGGAUUUAACUUUGGAGACUGUUCAACAACCAUUUAGGAGAAGCUGUCUGAAGGCACAUAAGAUGAAAAUGUAACUCAUCCACCAUUAGGAUUCAUAUGUUUCUUUGCUACCAGCGUGGCUCUGCUGAAGGCCGUGCUGUGAGACUAUAUUUCAACAAAUCAAACGACCAAGUAAUUUAGCAGUGACAUUCAUUUUCACAAGAGAAUUAAUCCUAAGGACUUUGGUGACGUGUAAUCAAGUAAAGUCCAAUACUUCAGUUCAUGACAGGAUACCUCCAGAACAAAUCCAGUUUGCCUCAGCUGUACUUUGAGUUUAAGGCCAACAUAGCAGACAGUGUUUAUGUCAAAUGGGAUGGAUGAUAGAGAUUGGGAUGAUUCCCACGUUCUAGACUGGGAGCGUUCACGUCAUUGGAUACAAGGCAUUUGUAUGAAUGUUGAGUUAGUCAUUUGACAGUUCAAAGUACAGUGCAUUGACAGUAUAACACAGAUUUAUUGAACAGUAUUACUUUACCUUUGGGUUUAAUUAACUUGAAUGACUCAGUUGAAGCCUGAUAUAUCACAGCUGUCAGAAAAAUCAGUUUCCCAGUUGUAGUUUAGAUGGAUUGGACAUUGAAAACUGAUGUUAAUUACACUAACGACAUGACGUGAAUGUGGCAUAACAUACUAACUGUAAGACCGUUACCCUGCCAGCCUCACUGCAUGUUAAAAUGCUAAACACGAACCAGCUGGUAUUAAAAGAAAUGUUUGCAUCGUUAGUUAUCUGGACUAUAACAGGACUGUGAUGGAACUUUUAGCAUGUUAGCAUGCUAAUAAUAGCUAAUUGAAUAUUAACAUGAUAAUGAAGCUUAAAGGGACAGUUCACCCCAACAUCAGAAACACAUAUUUUCUCAACCGUGGUGCUGUUUAUUAAUUUAGAUUGCUUUGGGUUGUUGAGUGUUGAAGAUGUCUGCCUUCUCUCCAGUAUCAUGAAACUAGAUGGCACUCAUCUUGUGGUGCUCAAAGUGCCAACAAAUA